AUGCAGUCCAUGUUCCGCCUUCCAUGGAGCACCGAGUCGCCUGGCGACAAGAUCAUGGAAAAAUCAACAUUGCACAAGUCGAGGCCCAUGCCCGUCGUCGAAAUGCCAAAUUUCAUGAACAAGAUCAAGCGGAAAAGGACUGACAGUCCUGAACCGGCAUCGGUGCAGCAAGCCCAUGUAGUGAAGAAGUGGAAGGGAGCGCAAGGCGAGUCGAAGCCAGCAGUGGUUGCGAAUGGAGGUGCCAACUCGAUGGAUGGAGUAGUUUCAGAGUCUGUAAAGUUUGCGACUGCACAAGUCGCGCCCAAGUUCUCUGCUGCGGAAGCGGUGGACUCGCGAUCCAAGCCGUCCAGGAAAGAAGACCCAAGCAAGAGCAAAGCUGCCAAGGUACAAAUCUCAGCUGCCAAAUCUGAGUCUGUCAACACACCUACCAUCACUAUGAACACUGGACUUUCUCCCGCGCAACAAGCCAUCGAGGCACAAAUCGACAUGGAGAUUCUGCUCAAGCACAACGAGCUCCGUUUGAUCGAACAGGAGCUUGCCAAAUGCCAAGUCGCUCUUGAGCAGCUGAGGCGGUGUUCGCUGAUUCCGUAUCCUGGCACUGAGGCGCUUUCCGAGCAGCUCAGCCUGGGAGUUGGUGCGUCUUUGCAGCCUCCUUCUGGCUUCACGACACCUCAGUACGCGGCGCCAUGGGGAGUCACCGACGGGCCCUACACCCGUCACUACUCAAAGUGGCUGAUAUCAGACGCCAAAUUUGAUCCCGUUUCGGAGCGUGCUCUUGCACAGCAGGCUCAUGGUUACUUUGGCGCCGGUGAGGGCAGGACGACGCGCGGCAGCUUCGGGGACUACGGUUCUGCGAACAGAGGCCGCACGUCACGGACUUCGACUGGAAUGUUGAAGAUUCCGGCCCUUGGUGAAACUCCAGCACCUGCGCCAAAAAUUGAUCCUCUGCUGCACAAGCGAUCCACCGACGGACAAUGGGUCCGCCUCUACUGCGCAUCCUGCCAACACAGCAACUUCUCAAACACGCAGGGCUUCCUCAACCACUGUCGCAUCAAGCACGGCCAAAUUUUCAAGAGCCACGACCAGGCAGCCAUUGCUUGUGGUGUUCUAGUCGACGUCAACGAAACUGGCAAUCCAGUAACAGCGACUGAACCGGCGAGCACACCAGCAGCCACACCUGCAGUCGCCUUCCCAGUUGCAACAACUCCCGGCAUUGUUCACCCGUUGGCAACGUCAGCAGUUCCCGCUGCGCAGGCAAAGGACGUGCAUCGCGACCCCACCGCAACACCACGUGACGACUCGAAGGUGUCCCCCGAGACCUUCAAGAACUCCAACGUGCCGUCUUAUCUGCAAGCUCAGCUACUGAACUCUGGCUUCACUGGUGAUUUCAAAUCACUAGUUGAGACUGCACGAGCAAAGGUUGACCUCGACGCUCUAGAAACAUCAGAUGACGACUUCGCCGACUCCACUGCUCUACCGACACCGACAGCAACUCAACCGCCUCAAUUCGCUCGUCUGCCUGCGAACGGUGCCCCCUCUACAUCCGGUAGCAAGGUACCAUCCGCACGACCAGGCAGCAAGAAGAGUAGUGCGCAAAGUCAGGCACGCCUUCCACUGUCUUUCCCGUCUCCCAUCAGUUCCGAAAAUGGCCACGACCUGCUCGACUCACCGGUAGAUCUCAGUCCGCACACAGCUGAGUCAAACCCUGGUCUGGUUAGUGACCACGACGACGAUGACGACGAAGACGUGGAUGACGCCCGCAGUCAGCCUGACAUCCUCAUGAACGAUGACGUUGUUGUCGAGGACGGUAGUGACGUUGAACAUGCUCAUGAGCGUGCAAAAUCUCGACAAGGCCUUCACGGUUGUUUCGAAAAAGGCGAGGCAAGUCGCAAGCACUAGACUUUGAGGGCCAGUUCAUUCGGGCUGUCAUUGUAUCGUUUUGCUGAGACCGUUAUGGAUAUGUUUGUUCCGUGUGUGCGUCUUCAUCCUUCUUGUGUCAUAGAUUCCGCGCGCUCUCUCUUUUCUUCUCUUCAGUUUCCUCGACACGACCCGAGGGCAUACACGGUACCAGCAAUGGACUUGGGUAGUUCUGGUUCAACCCACUGCUGGCACUUUCUUAUUUAUCUCUAUCCAACCACAAAACGCUGCAGAAAUCUCAUCUCUUACGUUACGGUGCGCCUCAACGAAAGUCAAGGCGCUGGAAACGUCUGUGUAUCAUCAUCUACUUGUACGGAAUCUUGGGGGAUAACUUAGACUGGGUUGGGAAUUAGGUGCUGGUACACUUUUGUAUUGUACUAAUGCACUUUUCUUACACUUGGUGGUUUGGGCGGUUAUGGGAAGACUGGCAACUGGGUGUUGGCGAUGCAGAGUUAGUCUUGAGUUGUAUAUACCUUUAAUGUUACGAUGAAAGAUGUCCCAUUUCGAAUAAA